AGAAGGUGGAGAAUUUAAAUCCAAGCGGUGCUUCCAAAAAAGAUAUUCUCGAUCGUGCUAUAGUUUUAUUUAUGCAAGAUCCAAACUAUUCUAAAGGUUUUAAAUUUGACCAUGUUUGGGAUAUGAUUAAAAAAUUUGAAAAAUUUAAAGAUAAUGUGUCAACUUCAAGACAUGUUGCUUCAAAAAAAGGCAAGUUGAUUAUGACUCUUCCCAAUCAGACUCUCAUCCACCAUCUCCAAUUUCCUUAUCAACUGGAUUGUCAUCUUCGUUCAACAAAGAAGUUGAUACUGAUUCUGUGUCAGAUUUUUCAAAAUGACCAAUAGGGGUAAAAAAAGCCAAAUUGAAGAUGAAAAAUGAUGACACUAUUGUUUUGCUUGAGUCAGUUAAGAGCGACAAUGAUCAACUUAUAGAGAUGUUUAAGAAAUCGUCGUUAGAUCGACAGGAACAAUUGCAAAUCUAGCGACAAAAUAUGGCAUACAAAGAACAGAAAAGGGAAGAUAAAAUUAUGUUCAUGGAUUUCAAUUCUAUUCACGAUCCACAAACGCGAGCGUAUAUCAUUGCAGAAAGAUCAAGAAUUUUACAAAAAAAAAAUCUCAAGAAAGAGGAUCAUCAACUGGAUUUGAGAAUCUAUUUGAUGAUCUUGGAGGGUCUGGAAGCGGGUUGAAUGACUACUAAUUUCUAAAUUAGUAUGUUUUUAAUUAUGUUUUAAUUUUAAUUAUAAUGGUGUUAUUAGUUGUAAUUUUAAUUAUGUAAUUUUCUUAAGUAUCAUUUGUAUUCUGUUAUUAUGUUGUUUGGAUUUGAAACUUUAUUUAUAAAAUUGUGUGAUUUAAAU